UCCUCGUCCAAACGCAAACUUAUCAUCGCCUGGCAACAUUGGGCCACCGCCGUCGUCGCCAUUUUGCGACGGGAAAGUCGUUCGAAUCGGUGUUCCUGCUAAAUUUCGUCCAAUUUGGGCGACUGGGGAGCAGAAACUCCCCGUUUUUGUAUUAGACCUCAAUUUCUUUGCGUAGCAUUUCAAAUUCAUCGCAGUCUUGAAGAGGUGACGAGCAGCUAUAUUAGAUAUCUCAAUAUGCAGCUCUUCUGAAUUGUGUCCGCCAUGAAGAACCAGGGAUAUCUCGACGCUCCAACCGGAGUCACCUUUGUGAGCCUUUACAUCGUUGAAGUUUCCAACUUCGUCGUCUGUUCAGUAAAUGCUGGACGACACGACAAUGGAGAAGAAGAACACGGGCCGCUCUUCCGCUACCUAUAAAGGGAGCUGCAGUGAUACCAAAGUGAAACCUGUAUCUUCAUAUUCUGCCGGCGCAGAUGUUCCACAGAAGCAACAAGGGCGUUCUUCUUGGAAGCGUGGGAAUGGACGCCAACAAGAUGCCCCUCGCAAGCCAAAUCCGCAGCGUUCCCGCUGCGUCUAUGACAAGCGUCCCAUGCCACGGGGCGCUCCCUCUUACCCAGAGGAUCCCAGGAGUGAGGUAGCAAGAAGCCUCCAAGACCAAAGUGUGGACACAGUCAAAAAGGGGAACAAGAAAGUGAACCUGAACCACCUUCUGAACUUCACGUUCGCUCCCAGAGAGAAUGCGGAUCACCACCAUUACUACCGCACUUCCUACGACGGGAGAGGAGGGCAGCGCACAAGAUGUCGCCUUCCCAAGUACAACAAGGAACAGUUCUUGCAGGCCAACUGUCAGUUCGUGGUGCGCGACGGAGGGAGCUACGGCCAACACUGUUCCGACGCGGACACCCUCGUCGACUGGGGGCUGGUGGAAGAAGUGCGCACUGGCGCAUUUGAGGAUGCCACCUGCCCCAUCUGCCUGUACCCGCCCGUGGCAGCUAAGAUGACUCGCUGUGGCCACGUCUACUGCUGGCCCUGCUUGCUGCACUACUUGUCGCUGACUGACCACAGUUGGAGGCGCUGCCCGAUCUGUUACGAGGCUAUACACAGGGAUGACCUGAAGAGUGUCGUGACCGAGGCUAGGACCUUGUACCGACGGGGUGACAAGAUCACGAUGUGUUUGAUGCGACGCGAAAGAAACUGCAUGUUCCCGGUCCCGCAGAGACUCUGGACAAAGGGCAUCGUUGCGCCUCUCAACUUGUCCGAUGAUAAGACGAUGACUUGCUACCAGAAGCUGCUGACGGCCAACAUGGAACAAGUGGAGGCCAUCCUGAAUCGCGAAGAGCAGCAGUUGCUGCAACAGUUGACUGAAGAAGGGGAGACUCCUGAAGCCUGUUUUGUGGAAGCUGCACUACAGGCUCUCGGUGAACGGAGACAAUCGCUGCAGAACCAUGUCAUGGCCAGCAACCUUGUGAAUGACUUUGUCACACUGUCUACGAGUGAUGUCAGUGUUGGCUCUCCCGAUUCACCAACAUCACCGCUCUGUGAUGUGCAGCUUGAUCAAGAAAAAAAUGUUAUAAUAGGACCCCCGCAGAAUGAGGAACCAGGAAGUCGACAACGUUGCAUCAGUAGCGGCAGCAGUGAAGGGGCACUUGACUUUGUGAUCAGUGCCGAGGAUCUUGAAUUGGCAGAGCCAGAGUGUCUCUCGCAGGGUACAACUGGCCCUAAUCAAGGCCCGAAAGAUUCGUACUAUUUCUACCAGUCAGUGGAUGGACAAGCCAUCUUUCUGCACGCGUUAAACGUGAAGAUGCUGGUUCGGGACUACGGAUCUCUGGAACAGUGCCCACCUCUCUUUGAAGCUGAGAUCGUGGAUAUCGAAGGGGCCUCAAUUGACGCAAAUCUGCGACAACGUUUGCGAUACUUGCGCCAUGUACCUCUCACUUGUGAGAUCAAAGUGGUUGAGUUGAAGCUGGAGAGUCCACUGGUCACUGCAGAGACCCAGCAGCACUUUAGACAGGAAAUAGAGAGACGCUGUCGCCUACGCUCUAAACGCGCCAGGGAAGAAAGGAAGCGUGAUCGUUACCUCGUACAGGAGGAGCUGAAGCGACAGGGUUGCUACCCAGCUGCCCGUUUCAACCUGAACAGCCCGUACCAGUUUCCAAGUCACAACGGGUCUCCACCAGACGCUCCAGCCGUUGGAUUGCCGGGAAACGACGCAAAUGCAGUUUCAUCGCCUUCCGCAUCCGACUUGGACGACAGGCAGAGUCUUGGAAGUGCCCUCAGUAACACUGCUGAUGAUGAUGUCAUGGAGGGAACACCACCAAAAGUCUCAUUUGCCCAGAUGCUACAGUGCAAGAACAUUUCGAAUGGACACUCUGACGUAGCUCGGGGUCGGAGGGCCUCCAGGCCUCCUCAGAGUUGCAGUUCAAGCGGGCACCCGGACUCUGAAUCCGAGGACCACGUUCCUGUGCCGAGCUUCCACCAGUCCUUCAGCUUGGCCCUACAGGAUGCUUUUGACAACAUGGAUAAAUCAGCCUCCCCUGCAGCUGAAGCCAGAGGCAGUGGAAGAAAGAAGAACAAGAAGAACAAGACUCUUCUGUUCAGCACAUUCAUGAACAGAAGCAAAUAGCGAUCACACUCGUGUGUUUCUUCGAUACGUACCGGCCACAUGGCUUAUGUUUCUGUUCCAAAACUCGUCUGCAAAGUGGAUACUUCCCAUCUCACCUUAGCAAGUCUGACCGGGCUUCGUAAGCGUGCACAAUCGAUGUGCCACUGUUCGUGUAGGGGAUAACUUUUGGGACACUUGCUACAUUGUUGUUUUUAGUAAAUCUUGUUUAUGCUUGCUGUGCAUUCCUUGGUUCUUCAAUGGAAUACUAGUUUUGUGGAAAAACCUGAAACACUGUCGCGGUGGAACACCAGAUACUGAUGAAGACAUGGCCUUGGUUGCUUUGCGCUACCACCAUUUUCAUUCCUCAAUUUACUUUGAAUCAAUAUGUACUUUACUAACUAUAGCAACUUCCCACUGUCAUUUGUGUGAGACAAAGCUGAAUAAAUGAACUCUUGCAAAGGG